AAAGUGCGGGCGCGGAUGCGGCGCGACGGGCGAGCGGCGCGGCCCGGAAGCGGCUGAAUGGGCCACGGCGGCUCGUGCGGGCACGGGUCCAUGUGGAGGCUGCGGGCCGGGAGCAGCGCGCUGCGCGGCGGGGCCGGGGUGCGGCUGUGGGCGUGGGCCCGGGCUGAGGCGGGCGCCGCCAUGGAGCGCGCCGUGGUGCGCUGCGUGCCGUCCGAGCCCAAGCUGAGCCUGUCGUUCGCGCUGGCCGACGGCAGCCACAAGCACAUGCAGCGCGACCAGAGCGAGCCUCUGGGUCGCGCGCUCAGCCGCAUCGCCACCAACGCGCUCAAGGGCCACGCCAAGGCGGCGGCGCGCAAGGGGCGCCGGGGACCAGCGGUCGCCGGGGCCGAGCCCGCCGCCGAGCCGCUGGUGAAGCUCUACUACCGCGAGGAGCCCGUGGGCGACGACGUGCUCAACGUGGACGCGUGGCAGGAUGGCGCCGUGCUGCAGAUCGGGGACGUCAAGUACAAGGUGGAGCGCAACCCGCCGGCCGUCACCGAGCUGCAGCUGCCGCGCUACAUCAUGGCCGGCUUUCCCGUGUGUCCCAAGAUCGGCCUCGAGUUCGGCGAGCCCGAGCGCUCGCUCUUCCGCUGGUUCCGCGAGGCGCGGCCCGGGGCCGCCGGAGCGCCGAGUGCGCCUGCGGGCACCGCCUCGCCUGCCUCGCCCCCGCCCCCGCCGGCCGACGGGGACGCGCCGCCGCAGGCGGACGCGAGCACGGGGCCCGCGUGGGUGGAGGUGCCCGGCGCGCACGAGCGCGUCUUCACGCCGUCCAACGCCGACAUCGGGCUGCGGCUGAAGCUGCGCUGCACGCCGGGCAACGGACAGCGGCUCGGGCCGAGCCGCGAGCUGGAGAGCGCGGGGCCCGUGGAGGCUGGUCCCGGCGCGUGCACGUUCGACCAACGCCACCUGUACACCAAGCGCGUGAGCGGCGACGGGCUUCUGCGCGCCGUGACGUACAACGUGCUGGCCGACGUGUAUGCGCACACGGAGCACUCGCGCGCCGUGCUCUACCCGUACUGCGCUCCCUACGCGCUGGGCCUCGACUACCGCCUGAACCUGCUGCAGAAGGAGCUGAGCGGCUACAGCGCCGACGUGCUGUGCCUGCAGGAAGUGGACCGCUCGGUGUUCCACGACAGCCUGGCGCCCGCGCUCGACGCCUUCGGCCUGCAGGGCCUCUUCCGCCUCAAGCAGCAGCAGCACGAGGGCCUGGCCACGUUCUUCCGCAGGGACAAGUUCCGGCUGCUGGCUCAGCACGACAUCGCCUACCAGCAGGCGCUGACCGGGGACCCGCGGCACGCGGCGCUGCUGGAGAGCCUGGCUCGCGCCCCGCAGGCCCGGGACCGGGUGCUGCAGAGGUCGUCAGCGCUGCAGGUCUCAGUCCUCCAGUCUACAAAGGACCCUUCUAGAAAGAUCUGCGUGGCGAACACUCAUCUGUACUGGCACCCCAGAGGAGGGCACAUCCGGCUGGUUCAGGCGGCCGUGGCCUUGGCGCACCUGGAGCACGUGACGCGGGAGCUGCACCCCGGCGUCCCCCUCCUGUUCUGCGGCGACUUCAACAGCACGCCCUCCACGGGCAUGUACCGGCUGGUCAGCACGGGCAGCGUCUCGGAGGAGCACGAGGACUGGGCCUCCAACGGCGAGGAGGAGCGCUGCGGCAUGGCCCUGGCCCACCCCUUCCGGCUGAGGAGCGCCUGCGGCGAGCCCGCCUACACCAACUACGUGGGCGGCUUCCACGGCUGCCUGGAUUACAUCUUCGUGGACUGCGCGGCCCUGGAGGUGGAGCAGGUGAUCCCGAUGCCGAGCCACGAGGAAGUGACCACCCACCAGGCCUUGCCCAGCGUCUCGCACCCCUCGGACCACAUAGCCCUGGUCUGUGACUUGAAAUGGAAGUAGGCGGGGCCUGGCGGGAGGCGGCCCGUGACUCAUCGGCCCGGGGAGGAGGCGGCCCCGCUCCCGGCGCGGCUCGGCUCCCAGCGUGCCUCGGGUCGCGGCAUCUGCGCGGCCCCCUUUGUCUUCUCCCGGCAGAAGGAACGGAAGCCCAUGUAUCUGAGACAGCGCGAACGCCGGUGCGAACGCCGGUGCUCUCGCAGCCUUUUUAAAGAAGCGGUUUUUAAAGUGAUGGAGAGGUUGUUUGUCUUUGUAAGCGACCCGCGAUUCUGAGGCGGUUUCUGGGGCAGGGCGCCCGUGGGACACGGACCACUACCACAUAGCUGAGCAGGAGGCGCCGUGACCCAGCGCAAGUGAGCGGCCCGAGGGGAAGCCCCGGAAGGGAAGGGAGGUCGGGGGCUCCGGCUCCUUCGGCACCAGUACUUGAGAAAAGAGCCUUAGGAAGCGCGUUUUGACACAGGCCCCUCUCUCUUCUGUCUCACUUUCCCAGUCCUGCAGCCAAAACACGUCCGGCCGCUUUGCCUUGUGGUGGCCGGCUUCUAGGAGGCUGCCCCUUUAACCGUCCUCGGCGCGCCCGUUUGCGAUUCCAGACUGCAGACACAUCAGCGCCGGAAGCAGUCGUUCCGCCCAACCCGUGGGUCAGACUUGGUUCCCCGGUCCCUGCGGGCAGCAGUUCCGCCUUUGUGCGUUUUGGGCUUGGGCUCUACAGACCAGUAUUAAGGGGGAUCAGGUGCAAGCCAGAAAUCUUAAUGCCCCCUUGGAGCGGACUGAAGUUUUUAGAGUAUUUAUUUGAGUUUGAUGAUAGAGAUGUAGCUGACAGGCUUUUCUUUAUAAAUCAGAAUACUGCUACUGAGAGCGGGGAGAAUGACCAGGACUAGGUAAAACUGAGUAAUCCAUGGAGUUCUAGGAAAGCCCUAGACAGACCUCUUGCAAAAAUGUCAACGCAAAGUCAGAUGUUUUGCUUUUCUGUUUGGGGCAGAUUUAAUUUUGAGGUUUGCUGUUGAGUGUGUUUAUUAUGAGGCAGUGGCCAAACCCUUCCCUAACUAGACGUUCUGCCUGCUCCAGGGCUUCUUUGUCCAGAUUGAGACCCGACUGCACACUAAGCUCAGGUGCAGCCACUUCUCCCUUAGGUUUCAUUUUAGCAGUUGUCAGAGGUGCUCAUUCCCCAAAAGUUAGAGUAGUUCUGACGUUUUCUAUCCAGGUGGAAGUGAUGGUUUAAAUUCUUUUUUAAUUUAUUUUACUUUGGAAAAAAAAAAAAAAGGAAGGCAAAACAGAACAUCAGGGAGGAUUCAUAAUAUAUAACAAUAAAUCACCAAUUCAAGAGAGGGUA